AUGACUUGUUUGAUCGUAUUUACUAGGAUAUCGCGGAAGGACCAUACUAACUGGUUGAUCAUCAGUCAGUGUAUUGCUGACCUCAUAACUUCAUUCAUCCUCGUCGUCGCUACCGUUGACCUUACAUGGUUUCCAACGACAUCGUUCUCUCAUCUGUCCCUACUCAGGUGUGAGUUAAUAUGUCGCCUUUGGUACUCCCACGUUGUAUGCUUCACGUGGUUUGCCAUCUCUAGCUUCAAUUUGGCAGUGAUUUCUUUGGAAAGGUAUCUUGCGGUUAUACACCCAAUAGUUUACUUGACGUCUUUCAAACGACGUUCCGCUUGUCUCUUAACAUUCUGUGCUUGGCUUAUGGCCCCUCUUAUGCAGGCAGUACUUGCUGUAGCAUUAUACAAAUAUAAGGACGGACAAUGCGUGUUCUUUGGACAGGGACCAGGAUUUGGAAUUGGGGUUUUCGUCUGGGAGUUUUUACUUCCGGUUUCCGUCAUGACCUACGCUUUUGUGCAGAUAGCCGUGAAGCUCCGCACCAUGGGACGAGUCUCUGCCUUCUGGGCGCGUGAUGGUCCCAGUGUUAGAGUCAACCCUGUUCAGCGUGGCACCUUCUCCGUUGAAACUCAACAACGUGACUGUAAUACCCGGACGUCACCCGAGGAAUCGCACUUAAAGGAACUACCAGCACCGCCCAAGCCCCCUGGAUAUGUCCAUCGCCGUAAGACUACCGUAACACUCUUCCUCGUUUAUCUGAUGUACGUUGUGUGCUGGACCCCGAAUCAAGUUGCGUUCCUCGUCUUCAAUUUCGGAGCGAUUCCAGAUUAUUUCGAGAGCAAGUGGCAUGCGAUGAGUACAAUCCUGGCAUCCUUUAACAUCUGUGUGAACCCAAUUAUUUAUGCUUGCCGGUUCAGCCCUUUCAGAAAAGGAUUUCGUCACAUACUACACAAGUUCAUUUGUUCCCGUCUGUGA